AUGGGUGGUCACACGGGUGUGACCCGCAUUACUCUGGCGCUCUCCACGCGAAUUCUCCAAAAUAAAUACAUUAAAGAGGGAUGGAGGUACCUCAGCCCCAGUCUGUACUACACCUCUCCUGUGGAAAAGACCUGGAGUGAGAGCAGACAGGACUGCAUAGAGAGAGGAGCAGAUCUGGUGAUCAUAAACAGUAAAGAAGAACAGGACUUCGUUGGAAUGCUGAUUAGAACCAGAGACAUUGUUGGUGCUUGGAUUGGUCUGACUGAUCAUGUGACAGAGGAUGUGUGGAAAUGGGUGGAUGGCACAGCACUGACCACUGGGUACUGGAGGAAAGGAGAACCCAGUCAAUAUGGUUCAGUCAAAGAGGAUUGUGCUACAGUUCGUUCUGACGCACAACCUUACGAGAACUGGAAUGAUAUGGGAUGCUCUCAAACCUCUAAUUGGAUCUGUGAGAAAAAAAUAGUUUUUUGA